GAAAGUCGCCUCGGCAGCCUACCUUGUAGCGACUACUCGGGGAAACCUUGUUUUACAACUCGGGCCCCAACGUCAAUUAUAUGUAAGCAUGAGUAUAGAAUAGAGAGAGUUAGAGAAAGCAAGAAAGCCUCGUGGUUGUUGUGGGUGAGCUUUAACCCUAACGGGCCAGCUUUGACUUGAGGCUUACUGAAAUUGGGCCAACUUGGUUGGGCAUAUCUUGUUAAGUUGGAUCCACUAUGAGGAUACCUCAUCAAGAAGCAUCUCAUGAUGCAUUAUCAUUGACUGAAUUCGAGUUGAUGGAAUUAUUAGAUGUGGGUUUGGCACAAGUAAAGUCCGCGCUAGCUCUCAUUAGUGAGAUGACAUCUCCACGUUAUCAAACGGUUCAAACCCUGCUGGAUCAACGCAAGCAAAAUGAGUAUCUGACGGGUCAUCUUCCCACACAACUGAAGGGGCUUGAUGCAGCUUUAUGUGGUGGACUACCGUUUGGUGCUUUGACGGAGUUGGUAGGGCCCUCGGGAAUUGGAAAAACACAAUUCUGCUUGAAGCUUUCUCUUUUGGCUGCACUGCCAUCUUGUUAUGGAGGCUUGGAUGGUCAAGUAAUUUACAUUGAUGUAGAAUCCAAAUUUAGUUCAAGAAGGUUAAUCGAAAUUGGUAUUAAUAGUUUCCCAGAAGUAUUUUGCUUGGAUGGCAUAGCAAAAGAGAUGGCAGGUCGGAUCACAGUUCUAAGACCUGGUUCCUUGACUGAGUUUACUGAGAGCUUGCAAGAAAUCAAAGUUUCGGUCCUCCAAUACAAAGUAAAGUUGCUAAUCGUUGAUAGCAUGGCCGCUCUUGUUUCCGGGGAAUACGAACAAGGGCCUCAGAGGCAACAUCCAUUGGGCUGGCAUAUUUCAUUCCUCAAGUCACUUGCCGAAUUUUCACGAAUACCCGUGGUGAUGACAAAUCAAGUAAGAUCUCGAGGCGCUAAUCAAAUCUCACAGUAUAUUUUCCAAGAGAGCACUGUAGAGGAUGAUACCGAAAAAUUUGAUUCCCGUCUUGUUGCUGCUUUGGGGAUUCACUGGGCUCAUGCUGUUAACAUUCGUCUUGUUCUUGAAUCUAGAUCAGGUCAGCGAUUUAUAAAGGUGGCAAAAUCUCCAAUGUCACCGACACUUGCAUUCCCGUUUCAAGUUACUUCAAUGGGGAUAAUAUUACUUAACGAUGAUGGAGUAGAAAUGGCAGGACCGCAAAUAAACGCCAUUGAUCAUCAAGGUCACAGUGACAUAAUUUUUCAUGGAGAUGAAAGGUGAAGAUCAUUGCAUGAUCUUUGUAGAAUCCUCAACUACUCUAUGAAAAAAUAAUAUUGAGCUAAACAUCUCUGUAAAGAUAGUGCUUUGGAUACUAUGUAUAGUUGUAAAGUUUAGUACAUUUUGAGCUCAAGCCCAUUGAGGUAUACCAUGAGGUGUUUAAAUUUGAUAGUAUUUUGUAUGACUGGCAAAACUGAUGGUCGGGUCGAGUUGGGUCAAA